CGAUGAAAAAUGGUAGGGGUACCAGAUCGCUAUGACGUAAUGCGAUCGGCACUGGUAAAGUGAAUGGAAUACGGAGAAGAAAAAUGUCAUGAGUUUUAUUUGAAAAGACGAAGUUUCACACCUAGUUCACUCAAAAAUGGAGGAAAAGGGAAGAGUCAACGCAUUCGCGAAUGACGGGAGUUUCAUGGAGAUGUUCAAGAGGAAAAUGGAGCAAGAAAAACUCCGCUGUGGUUCAGCAGAAGAAGGGAGUCGCAAUCGGCCGUCGGCGACCGGCGAAGAAAGGGAUGGGAAAUCGAGGACCUUAAAAUCCUCGGCCGAAAAUGCCAGAACAAACGAUCCGGCCGGACGUGAGACUGGACAGACAGAAACUUCUACUGUAACAGAGUCAAGAGAUGAUGUUGUACACAGACUGUCUGCACAGAGUGUGGAAAAUGAAGGCGCAAAAGAAUCGAAUGAGGAACAGGCCGUGACUGUCCCUGAUGAACAGUCGACAAGAGAGGGCGACAAACCUGCUGUUGCCUCUGCCCCUGCUCAGAAAAAAUAUAGCCUGUUAUCACAUGUUGGCAAACGGAGAGAUGGAAAAGUGUCGCUCAAGACAGGAGCGGUCAAGAAGCAGAGGAAUACUGAAGCUCAGGAAAGCAAAGAUCAAGAUGCAUGGUCCAAGUACAUGGCAGAGGUCCAGAAAUACAAGGCUCACGUCUGCGGGGAUGAGGAUAAGUCUCGACCGUUGGUCAAAUGACGUCUUCAAACAUAACUGCCUCAAAAUCAAUUGAGUUUUUUAUUUUUUAUUUGUGAUACGUAAUGUUACAAGAGAUCCCCAGAGAAGGCCCUUGAGUGCUCUGAAACGUGGAAAACUAAAUCAGGCCAACUUAACUCACUCUUUAACCAGCAAAUU